AUAAUCAUAUUCAUAAUAUCAUCACUAAAUCAUAUCAGUGUUUGAUUUGAUAAUUCUAUAGGUAGGUAUUGUAAAACUUUAGUGUAAACGGCAAAUUAUCCGUAAUCAAUGCCCUACAUUUUGAUUAGAGGUAAUCUGGCAUCUUAUGGGCAUAAAAACCCGUGGAGAGUAUUGGUAUCCGGCCUAAAAGCUGGAGAUAUCGACCAGUUAAAAAGAUUUGCUUGUGGCGGAUAUUGCGACGAUUCCACAAUCGUAUAUCUUCAACAUCCUUGCGUCAUACUCAGCGCCUUAGAAGUAUUAGGUUAUAAAGUUGUAGCAUCGAGUUCAACAGCUGUUAAACAAGAUUAUAAUGAGUACAUGUGGACUAUGAGGAAAGAGUUUUCGGAACCAGAACCAUCAAUUAUUGUGGAACAAGAUAACAUUACAAAUUUCAGUAAAGAGGCUAUGCAUAUAGGAAACUACCAACAUUCAAACAAAGACGCUGAGGUUUAAGCUUGCAUUAUAAUUACAAUAUUUUUUUAUUCUUAUUAAAUGUUUAUUAUUUGAUAUAAGAACUAUGGACACGAAAGGCAGUCAAAACCAAUCUGCAAAUAACUUGAGUACUAUACCAUCUGAGGAUGGUGUUGUUUAUAUUGCUGUUAAAGGUUCUUUAUAUGCCAAUGACAGCUUUGUGUUUGGUUUAGGACAAGAAGAAGUGAAAGCUUUAACUGCAAAGUUCCCUGGCUUAGGAGUGGAUGUUGUCAAUGGUGUCUCAAUCAAAACAAAUGUUUUGCAGACACUUAACUCCUUAGGCCAAUUGGGCUACAAGAUUAUUUCAAGCACUGGAGAAACAGAAAUUACUUGGACCUUACAGCGAGAAAUUUAAUUUAUUUUAUGACAUCAAAUUAUCUUUGUUGAAUAUAACUUUUAGUUCUGUAAAAAUGGACGAUAACACUAAAUGUAACCAUGCCAGCUGUUCUAUGAAAAAUGUUAAUAAAUCAGUUUGCCAGACUCUUUCAGAAAUGGACUGGGAAAGAGGGUUAUGGAAUGCAGGUAAUUAACAAAAACUUUCAAAUAAAUAGUUUUAGAGAGUCACUUAUCUCCAUGUGUGUAGUUAGUUGCUUAAAACUUUAAAACCACUUGGUGAAUGUUAAUGUGGAUUUUGUCAUUAUUUAUAGAAAUUUUUCAGACAAGUUUUGUUUAUAAUAUGUUUAGUUAAUCAGUUCAGUGCGGGUGACACGCCAGGCGUGCCAUCGAUUACUUUUGUGUGUGGUGUAUGACACGCGAGUCGUGUCUUUUUAAAAAUCAUUAUAACUCACUCAAAUAGAUUUUUUGGAAAAUUUAUCCCGAACAAAAUAUUCAUUAUUUUGCGAGUAGUUCAUGCAUGCAGCUUCGUUUCUGGAUAUUUUGAAAAUUUGAAAUUUUUAGGGGUUGACAACCCUUUUUUAACGUGUACAUGGUACUAUUUUUACUUUGUGGGUUUUAAAUCAUGUUAUGGAAAAAUUGUCUAAUAAGUAACAAAUAAUAGCACUCAUUGCGAUCGCUCACAAACUCAAGUUGUAAAUAAAUUUCUGGAAAACAAGUCUCCUGUUAAAAAAAACAAUGCGUUUGUCUUUUUGUUUAAUUUUGCUUAAAAUGGUUGAACUGCUGUCUUAUUACUAUCUUAUGACCGAAUAGACCUACGAAGUACCAUGUGCUCUUGUGAUAUGGUAUAAGGUUUAUUUUUUCUUGAAACAGUUCGAAACCGUUCAUGCAUAAAAAAAGUUCGCUAAUAGGUAAAUAGUGAUUUAUCAAUCCGCCGCCGUAUAGCGCCGGCGUUUUCUUCCUUUUGAAAACACUUGUUUUGCUAUUCUUACCUCUUAGACGUUUUCAGAUCGACUUUACUUUUACAUUUGUAUAACAUUAAAUAAUAUUUAACAUUUGUAAAUAUCAAUGAAUGAUAUACCUUUUUUUUUUCAAAUUAAGGUUCUUCAUUGUUUGAUAUUUACAAAUGUUAUUAUUAGGUGAAAAUUUAAUUUAAUAAAAACCAAGGUUUCCAGGGUGAUUUAGCUGUAUCUACUUAUAUAAAUGAUUUUUUUAAAACAACAAAAAAUAGUACAAAAGGUUUGUAAUCUCUUCAUAAAAAAGUCACUUUCUCUGAAUUUCAAAGAAAACGCGUAAAAAAACACGUAGUUACCCACAAAAAACAGUAAUCCUUCCAUUUGUAACUUAUGUUUGAUGUCAAAUAAACUUAAUUAGGUCUAAACAAGU